AUGAGUCUCUACUAUGGACUAGGCGCCAUAUGGUCGUUUCUGACCGUCGUCGGAUUAUAUAUGCUUUUCACCGGCAGCGGCGAAUCCUUCAACGUCGGAGCCUUCCUCGAAACUGUCUCGCCCUUCACGUGGGCUGAUCUGGGUAUUGCCCUAUGCAUCGGCUUGUCGGUGGCCGGCGCGGCCUGGGGUAUUUUCAUCACCGGCUCUUCUAUUCUCGGCGCGGCCGUUAAGGCCCCUCGAAUUCGAACCAAGAACCUGAUCUCAAUUAUUUUCUGCGAAGUCGUCGCCAUUUAUGGCGUCAUUAUGGCCAUUGUCUUUUCCUCCAAGAUCGACGACGUAUCCGGCCGCGACCUGUACUCCGCCGAUACCUAUUAUACUGGAUUUGCUCUUUUCUGGGCAGGUCUCACUGUCGGCCUUUGCAACCUCGUCUGUGGUGUUGCCGUUGGAAUUAACGGCAGUGGUGCAGCUCUCGCCGACGCUGCCGACGCCACUUUGUUUGUCAAGAUUCUAGUCGUCGAAAUUUUCAGCUCCGUCCUCGGUCUCUUCGGUCUCAUUAUCGGCCUUCUUGUCGCGCAAAAGGCCCCCCAACUUGGCAAGAGCGUUUGA